AUGGAGGAGCAGCAGCAGGACCGUGAGGCCGAGGUUGCCGAGCCCUGGUUUUCUAAGUGGGAGCGCCAGUGCCUUGAUGAGGCAGAGCAGGAAGAGCAGCUGUCCCCCGAGCUGCAGGAGGAGGCGGCUGCUGAUGCGGCUGGGCUCAAGAUCGAGCGGCAGAGGCUCUGGCACCUCUUCCAGAUCUCAGCCACUGCGGUGGCCCAGCUCUACAAAGAUUCCGGGUGCCAACAGCCAGGACUGUCUAUGUGGGACCCCUUCCAGAAUGCGGCCAUGGCUGUGACCAGCCUUUACAAAGAGAGCGGGGAUGCCUACCAGCGAAGUUUUGAGCUGGGCGUUCAGGUUGGCUACCAGCGUCGCGUUAGAGAUGUGCUGGAGUGGGUGAAGAAGGGUAGGAGCAUCAUUCGCAGGGAAGACCUCAUUAGCUUCCUCUGUGGCAAAGUUCCCCCCGCCCCUCCCCCGGCACGCACCUCCAGGAUGUCCCCUAGGCCGCCCGCAGCGGCUUCCAGUCAGGCUGCUGCCACUGAGUCCACCGCACCUGUGGACGUCGACCUGCAGCCCUUCCACGAGGCCAUCGCCCUCCAUGGCCUCAAUGGCGCCAUGGCAAGCAUCAGCAUGCGAUCUGGCACUCCUGGUUCCCCAUCUCAAGAUGGAGGUAUUGCCAGCAGUGGGCGUCGGAAAAGUAGCUUUCUGGAAGAUGAUCCGAACCCCUUGGGCUCAGAAGACCUGGCUCUCCGCCUGGACAGUGGGGGAAUCCGCAAGCGCACCUCGGCCCAGUUUGGUGAUGCCACCAUAGACUCUCCAUCCCACAAGCGCAACCGAAUGGUCUAA